AUGAUCGCCACGAACACAAAGUUGGCCUACUCAUCUUGUAAGGUGAUCCUAUCCCACGCCGGAGGCACGCUCCCCUUUUUGAUCACACGAAUAAGCACUGUAUCACAGGAAUCAGUUGCCACUGCUAAGAUUUACGGGAAAAGCUCAGAGGGAUUAAUGGAGGAUUUCCGGUCGUUUUACUUUGACCUCGCUCUUUCGAGCUCAGAUGCAAUGCUUAGGCUGGUUCUGGAUAAAAUUCCCCAUAGUAAACUUCUUUACGAGUCUGACUAUCCCUAUGCUUCUCCAGAUAAGACACUUGUGUUCAAGCAAACGUUGGACACUUUUCCGAUGAAGGAUGAUCCACGCGAGAAGAUUCACUUCAAGAAUGCGGAAGCUUUACUCGCAGAGGAAGAGUAA